GGCAAGCUGCGGUCCGCACGCGCUGCUGUCGCGUUGAGGGAAGCCGCGGGGGAGUCGCAGGGCAUGGAGGCGGCGACGGGGAGGUUCGUGGUGGUGGGCGGCGGCAUCGCGGGCGUCACGUGCGCGGAGCAGUUGGCUAUGAACUUCCCAUCAGAAGACAUCCUCCUGGUAACAGCUUCUCCUGUUAUUAAAGCAGUUACAAAUUUUAAGCAGGUUUCUAAAGUGCUGGAAGAAUUUGAUGUUGAAGAACAACCAUGCACUGUGUUGGCAAAUCGCUUUCCCAACCUUCAAGUCAUCAAUUCUGCAGUGAAGCAGCUCAGGAGCGAGGACCACUGCAUCUUCACGGAGGAUGGCGGGCGGUACAUAUACAAGAAGCUCUGUCUGUGUGCUGGAGCCAAGCCAAAGCUGAUAUGUGCUGGAAAUCCUUAUGUGCUAGGGAUCCGUGACACGGACAGUGCUCAGGAGUUUCAGAAGCGGCUUACUAAAGCUCAGAGAAUCCUGAUCAUAGGGAAUGGUGGCAUUGCACUUGAGUUAGUGUAUGAAAUUGAAGGCUGUGAAGUGAUUUGGGCCAUUAAAGACAAAGCUAUUGGGAAUACAUUCUUUGAUGCUGGAGCAGCAGAGUUUUUGACCUCCAGGCUUGUUUCUGAAAAAUCAGAGCCCAGAAUUGAACAUAAAAGGACUAGAUACAUGACUGAAGGAACAAAGAAGGAAGCAAGAACCGGAGCUAAAGCUGACAAUGUGGGCAGUGCCUUAGGACCAGACUGGCAUGAAGGCUUGACUCUUAAAGGAACCAAAGAGUUUUCUCAUAGCAUUCACAUUGAAACUAUGUGUGAAGUAAAGAAAAUCUACAAUCAGGAAGAAUUUAGAAUUAUGGAAAACAAGGCUUUAAGUUUUCCUCAAGAUCAUCAUAAGCCAGUUACAACUGAUAAAGAGACGUGGCCUGUGUAUGUAGAACUGACCAAUGGGAAGAUUUACGGCUGUGAUUUCAUUGUCAGCGCUACAGGAGUUACACCAAACACAGACCCCUUUGUCCUGGGGAACAAUUUUGCUCUGGGAGAAGACGGUGGCCUGAAAGUGGACGACCAGAUGCGUACGUCCCUUCCCGACAUCUACGCUGCUGGGGACAUCUGCACAGCGGGCUGGCCGCCCAGCCCCUUCUGGCAGCAGAUGAGACUGUGGACCCAGGCGCGGCAGAUGGGGUGGUUCGCAGCCAAGUGCAUGGCUGCGGCCAGCCUGGGAGACUCCGUGGACAUGGACUUCAGCUUCGAGCUGUUUGCUCAUGUGACAAGGUUUUUUAACUACAAGGUGGUGCUGCUGGGGAAGUACAACGCGCAGGGCCUGGGCUCCGAGCACGAGCUCAUGCUGCGCUGCACCAGAGGACAGGAGUACGUCAAAGUCGUCAUGCAGAACGGGCGCAUGGCGGGAGCUGUCCUAAUUGGUGAAACCGACUUAGAGGAAACAUUUGAAAAUUUAAUUUUAAAUCAAAUGGACCUUUCAUUCUUGGGAGAAGAUCUGCUGGAUCCCAGCAUUGACUUGGAAGACUAUUUUGACUGAAGUAGAAUUUCUUCAAAAGCGUACAGCGUUCGAAUGAGGGUGGGGGGAGUCAGCAACAGGAAUGACCGCGCUGGCUCGGAGACGGGUACAGUGAUGAUGAUAACAUGGAAGUGGUGAUUCCGCGGUAAAGAAUGCAACUUUCAACAGUGAACUCAGCUCCGGUGGUUUAUUUAUAGACGUGUUUUCCAAAUACAAGACUGACCAGAGACAUAGAGCAGUCUCAGCUAGUGGCGAGUGCUUCAUUUGUGCGCUAGCUCUGGAGCAAGCUUAGCGAAGCGGCUGUUCUGCUCAGGCAGCGCGUGCUCCACGGACACCGUCUGCGAUCUGAACCAGAAUACAGCUGUGGCUUCCUUCAGGAACCUGCUGGUCUUAUUUCAAGAGAACUGUAGCAGAAUCUUAUUUGCUAAUGCUCUUUGUGUUAAUGGCUCAUUUUUAUUUGAUGUAUACUAAUUUUGAAAACCUGAAAUCACUCCAUUAUUUCGGUGUAAAUGCCACUCAUUUGUAGUGAUGAGUCCCUGGUCAGUGUAUCAGUGCUGUCAAAGAGUCAUGUCAAAGAAAGAGGACCUCUAGGUGUAGUGAGACAAAGAGCUUGACAGUUAUGUGAACUUAUUCUCAAAUAGAUUACAUUUAACAAUCUUACAUUAAGGAUUUCCUUUCCUGAUCACCGAUUGUAACAUAAUUUGUGAUUUCCAAUUUUCAAAAAGUCUUGACAAGCACUGAAAAUAUAGCUCUAUGUGUAUAAAACAUGAACAAAAUUGUAUUUAAAGCCA